CUGGUGAACUGGUACAAACCUUUAGUUGACGGAUUCGCAGUGCGACCAACGAGUGUGGUAGAAGUGGUCUGCGCUCUUUCUUAUUUAAAUGGAAGCUUAGAACCACAGGAAGAACACAGCAUUACGUGUCGACUGACCGCAGAACAACUUUUAUUCCAGCUGUCUGAAGAAAAUAUGGCUACUAUAACGUGCCGAGUGCAAUUUCUGGAGGACUCUGACCCAUUCGUCUGCACCAACUUUCCGGAGCCGCGAAGACCGCCGCCGUAUGAUCUGGACGAAAACCUCGCUUUGAAUGAACAGAUAGCCGGCAUUCACAAACUUUUAGGUGCACAGCUGAAGUUGGAGGAGUGCGGCUUGCAGCUGGCCCCCAAUGGAAACUACCUUGACCUGGAACUAUCUCUGGGAGAACAGAAAGAUGAACUGGAGCAGUUCUACGAAGAUGUGGGCAGAGGGAAGAAGCCCAUUCUGAUCCUGAGGACCCAGCUGUCUGUUCGGGUCCACUCAAUUCUAGAGAAGCUGUAUAACUCCCAUGGACCCGAGCUCCGGAGGUCCCUGUUCUCCCUCAAGCAGCUCUUCCAGGACGAUAAAGACCUGGUCCCGGAGUUUGUGAACUCAGACGGCCUGAUGUGUUUCAUCAAGGUUGGAGCCGAGGCUGACCAUAACUACCAGAACUACAUCCUCAGAGCCCUUAGUCAGAUCAUGCUGUUUGUAGACGGGAUGAAUGGGGUGAUCAACCACAACGAGACAGUUCAGUGGCUUUACACGCUUAGUGGCAGUCUGUCCCGUCUGGUGGUGAAGACAGCCCUGAAGCUCCUGAUAGUGUUUGUGGAGUAUACAGAGUCCAACAGCCCUCUGCUCAUACAAGCAGUCAACACUGUGGAUAGCAAGAGAGGUGUGAAGCCAUGGUCGUACCUAACCGACAUCCUAGAGGAGAAGAACGGCUCAGACGUUGAGCUGCUUAUCUUGACUAUGAAUGUCAUCAACAAGACUCUGUCGGCGCUCCCAGACCAGGACUCGUUCUACGACAUGACGGAUUGUCUGGAACAACAAGGCAUGGAGCACAUCAUGCAGAAACACAUGAGCAGCAAGGGCACUGACCCAGACCUCAAACAACAGUUUACCAUAUAUGAGUCAGCUCUGAAGCAUGAAGACGAAGGUACAGAGACAACUGUCCGGCAGCGGAAGGAGAGGAGGAAAGCUUUCGCUGGGGAACAGGAAGCCCGGAGGAGCAAACGAACCUCUGCUCAAAACCUCCCAGAUGCCCUCUCCUCCUCUCAAAUGUCCAGCUUCCUCUCCUCUUCCUUCUCCUCCACUAUCUCUUCUGCCUCCUCAACCCCCAUGUCUCCCUUUUCUCCCCUUUCUCCAACCUCCCCCAGUCUCUUCUCACCCACCUCCACUUCUCCCUCCUCUAAUUCUCCCUCUCAAAGUCCUACAGAGGAUGUCUCCUCCUCCCGUAGCGCCUCACCCCUCUCCCCCAGAUCCCCAGCCUCUGGCUCUCAGAGGUCCUCUCCUCUACCGCCCUCUGGGGUGACUAAUGGUACUGCAGCCUCUCCCUCUGUAACUGAGCAGGAGUCCAAGUUGACCUCCAACCCGGCACGGUCAUUCCUCAGUCACCACAUGUCAGCCCUGGGCAUCGGUAAGAAGUCCCGCCUCUUUAAGACGGCCUCCAUCUCGGAGGAUGCAAACAGCCCGUCCUCUACACACUUGGCGGGCCCUGAGAAGCAGCAACAGUCACAGAUGGUACCGGAGCAACAAGGAAACAAGACGGAGAGGAACACCUUCAACCCAGAGGAAUGUAUUAUAAAUACAGACAAGCCGGUCCUCAGGAUGUUUGAAAACACGUUCCUGCGUAACCUAGCAGCCACCCAGUGGGAGAAGAAGAAACAUGGCCGCAACGGGAAGCCACUGGACGGGCCGCCGGAAGAUGACAUCAUAGCCCCGCCUCCCAAGCCAGAGGACACUCCCUCACCUGAAGAUAGAAGUCCCAGUACAUCACCUAACGAGCCAGAGCUCCAGGAGGGGCAGGUCUCAGAAAAAAGUGGACCCACUCCCAGCACCCUGGAGCAUACUGAGCCAACAGACACACAGACUCCCCAUGAUGAAACAGAGCAAUCCACCAAGCGGCACGGGAACGCGGUGGAGCAGCUGAACACCCUUUCUGACGACAAGAAGUUCAUGCUGAACAUGCUCUACGCUAAGAACUCCCAAGCCGGGCCUUUGGGGAAUCUACCGGGCGCCCUCCCUGAGAUGGAGCCAGAAGAGAGCCUCUCUGAAGAGGCCGAGGCUUGUCGCGGUCUUGAUAGCCUGAAGGAGCGGCUCUCCAAAGCCCAACAGGGACAGGCUCUCCCGGACGAGGACAGCAGCUCCAGGAAGGCCGAGUUGGAGUCCCUGGGUGGCAGUGCCAAGGCUGCAUGGGCACGGCUGGCAUCGGAGCAGCGGCGACAGAAGCUCAGGCCCCAGUGCAGCAUCGAUGCGGAGGUCCAUUCUCGCAGUCUGGAGAAAACCCUCAUGACCCCUCUGGCUAGGAACACACAGGGAGACACCUGGGAACAGCUACAGCCCAGCUCCAGAGCCCUGAAGAUCAAAGACCUGGACUUCUCUGACCUCAUGGAAGAGGAGGAUAUAGAUGUUCUGGACAUCGAUGUCUUUGACUCGGGCCUGUCCAACGGAGGAGUUCCUCCUCCUCCUCCUCCCAUACCUGGUCUGGGCUGUGGUCCUCCUCCUCCACCCCCUCCUCCCCCCGGGCUCCCGGGCAUGAGUCCUUUUCCUCCCCCACCCCCCCCCCCACCUGGCGGGGGUAUGUUCUCCCCUCCUCCUCCUCCGCCCCCUCCCGGGGCCCCUCCUCCACCACUCUCCUCCCCCGUGCGGGCCCUGGACCCGGCGUUUGCCAAGAAAAGGAAGACCGUGAAGUUGUUCUGGAAGGAACUCAAGCAGCCGGACAGUCCCAGGAAGUGCAAGUUUGGACGCGGGACUGUGUGGGCGUCGCUGGAUAAAGUCGCCGUGGAUACGGCCAAGCUGGAGCACCUGUUCGAGUCCAAGGCCAAGGAACUGCCGGCGGCUCUGAAGAAGGGAACGGAGUCCAAGAAGUCAGCGAUAUCGGUGUUGGACUCCAAGAGGAGUAAUGCCAUCAACAUCGGUAUGACUGUGCUGCCGGCUGUCCACAUCAUCAAGACGGCCAUCCUCAACUUCGACGAGUUUGCCAUCAAGAAGGAGGACAUCGAGAAAAUCCUGACCAUGACACCUACGGAAGAGGAGAAGCAGAAGAUCCAGGAGGCUCAGCUGGCCAAUCCUGACGUCCCCCUGGGCUCUGCGGAGCAGUUCCUCCUCACGCUGUCCUCCAUCAGUGGCCUUACCGCUCGCCUGCAGCUGUGGGCUUUCAAGCUGAACUACGAAACCCUGGAGAAGGAGAUAGCUGAGCCUCUUUUCGACCUGAAACUGGGAAUGGAGCAGCUUGCCAAAAACCAAACCUUCAAGCGCAUCCUGGCGACGCUUUUGGCCAUCGGAAACUUCCUCAACAGCACCAGUGCGAAGGGUUUUGAGCUGAACUACCUGGAGAAGGUGACGGAGGUGAAGGAUACAGUCCAUAGACAGACACUGCUUCACCACACCUGUAACCUGGUGGUGGAGAACUACCCAGACACCUCAGACGUCUACUCCGAGAUCCCGGCCAUCACCCGCUCCGCUAAAGUGGAGUUUGAGCAGCUGUCAGACAACCUGGUUCAGUUGGAGAGGAAGUGCAAGACGUCGUGGGACAACCUGAAGGUCAUGGCCAAACACGAGACCAAGCCUUCUCUGAAGAACAAGAUGACGGAGUUCCUGAAAGACUGCACUGAGAGGAUUAUCAUUCUGAAAGUGGUGCAUCGACGCAUCAUCAACAGGUUUCACUCCUUUCUGCUGUACCUGGGCCAGCCAUCCUAUUCUGUCAGGGACACCAAGGUGACCCACUUCUGUAAGAUCAUCAGUGAGUUCUCUCUGGAAUACCGGACCACCAGGGAGAGAGUCCUGACCCAGAAACGCAAGCGGGCUGCCUACAGGGAACGCACCAAGACCAGGGGGAAGUUGAUCACUGAGACGGAGAAGUUCUCAGGGGCGGUGUCUUCCCAGUCUGAGGAAAACCCCUCCCCCGCCUCCCGGUCUUCAGAACAGGAACCGGACCAGGAGGAACACGAGAACAUGAAAAACCUGCUGAUGCCCUCCACCGGCACCGAUCCACACGGAAAUCUGCGGCGCACCCGGGGCUUCCGUAGCCUGGGGUCGGUAUGUCCACCACAGAUGUCCGUGGCCAAAGAGGACAGCGCGAGCUCCCAGGACGACGCGACGGAUGAGAUCAUGGACCGGCUUGUUAAGUCCGUCACGAAGAACCCCACGGAGCGCUCAUCCAGCCCGAAGACACGCAAACGUUCUCGUGUCAACCGGAAGUCAUUGCGAAGGACACUGAAGAGUGGAUUAAGUGUUGACAUGGUUCAGGCCCUUGGACUUGACCACAACACUGGAGACAAACUCUGAAGAGUCACGCUGGAGACGAUCGGAGCACACAGAGCCACAGACCUGACCGGCACAAAUUGUUACGAUUUCUGAUAGACACACAAGACUUAAUGAAACAUGCCGACGGUUAAUUAGCUGACAAGCGCACACACACACACACACACACACACACACACACAAUAAGUAAGACAAGAUACACCAGCAGGUGAUGGACCGGCUGAUAAAGUCAGAGUACCAGUUGGCACCCUAUUCCUUACCAAGUGCACUGGUCCAAAGUAGUAUACUGUGUGGGGAUUAGGGUGCCAUUGGAGACAUACAUGCAACACACGGCAAUCGAAGAAGACUGGACGAAGACUCUUGACAACAUCAUAGGACUCUGUCCUUCAUGGGCGAACCAGCUGACAUCACAUCCUGUAUCCCUGGUUUCCCAGAAAUUCCGUCUGGCAGUAUAAAGCAGGAAAAGGCCAGGAUCCUCCCGAAACAGACUCUCUGAGAGGGUUUUCCUGUCUUACUUCAAACUGCCACUAGGAUUUAUGUCGUGCCUUAAGACAAAAACAUUUUAUUGUUAAUUUGUUUCCCCCCGAAAUGGAUGGAACAAUUCAUAGAACAUUGGUGCCAGAAGUGUUUUAAAUAUUGAUUGUAAUAAUAUUCACCAGAAUACAGAUGUGCAACUCGUGGUGCGUCUUGCUGAGGUAGCAUAUUUAAAAAAAAAAAGAUGUACAUUUUUACCGAGCGUACUGUAUGUUUUGUACAGAUUUCUAUGUAUUUUAGGAAUGUCCUCCGUUGGGAACCUGUACAUGUGGAAUGCUGACAUGAUGUUUGACCGGAGGGCACUGUGUCUGUUAACAAAGGGGUUUCAUAUGAGCACCGUCUUGUCAUUGCACCAGGGCUGUUGAAUAGAGGUCACACUGAUCUCCUCAGACAGUCCAGAUGAUAUGAUAUACACACGAGCCACGUCGCGUGCUUCUAGUUUUCAUCACAACACUUGUUUCAUGGAUUGCCAUCUGCACACCACGUUUAAAGGAAGGUGUGUGUUUGUGUGUUUGUUUGUUUGACUAUUCAAGUACACUAGAUACUGUGGGUGAGUGGGUUGUCUUUCACCCAGUGCAUCACGUUUCAGUUCAGGGGUAUGGCUGAUGUUUACACACACACACAACACACACAGUCUCACACACAUACACACACACACACCCUACCAUUAGGUUUUCGCCACUGUUCUUAAUUCCAACUUUCCCAAUGGCAUAUGGCACAAGAAAUGUAUAUACAGGGAAUGAGUUAUCGGCCAGGUUUAUAAUUUCUGGCAUGUAUUCACUGUGUAAACUCAAUCUCUGAGUUAAAGCAUUCAUUUGUGUAUAGAGAUUUAAGGAGGUUCAUAUAAAUUUGAUUAGGAUGUAUAGAAAUGUUGCACUUUCAUCUAAAUCAGUUGCUGUGUCCUUGAACUAGACAACCGUACUCUUAUUGCUUCUGCCUGUCACUCUGGAUGAGAGUUAUGUGCUCAAGUUAACAAAAUGUGACUACUGCAGUUGGCUGUAAUGAGUUGUCGAUACUAGGUAAGUUGAGUGGUAAAAACAAAGUAUGUUAAGUUGGGUAAACUAAGUAAGUGUAAGUAUAGUUUAAUGCAUGUUUUUUUUUUUUUAUUCACUUUGCACUCCACUAUUCAGGAUCUACAUCUGCAUCCUAAAUGACAUAUCUCCCCUUUAUAUCACAGACCCUGGUCAAAAGAUUCACCUGAUUUCUCUUUCACUUUUCCUAAGGUACUGUAGAUAUGUAGCAUACACACUCCCUCCUUUUUGCUGAAUGGAUGUUUUGUGGUCCCUUACGCUGUGUGAGGAUUAUUUUAAACUUAUUGGAGAAAAAGGCAUGUUGUCACUGACAGUGGUUCAAUGUAUUUACCUUACUGUAAAUAAAACAGAUUUUAAAAGAAA